AUGUUUACCUAUUUCAUUGCGGGAGUCCCGAGUUGUGCCGAGUUUGGACAUGCCAAAUUGGUAGCUGAAAAGUUGAAAAAAACUCUACCAUUUUUUUCAUACAGAGUUGUCGUAAAACACAAAGACGAAUAUUAUAACUGGCUGCGUAAUUUUUGUAACAAACAAAAAUGGGUAAGUAACGACAAUCCAUUUGUGUGGAAACGCUUUGGCAAUGUCAGAGGACCUUGUCACAUGAUUGGAAAUAUAAGUAAUUUUUUUGAUAUUCUCAACGAAUACUACAAUGUGGAUACUCAUCUGGACAAAAGAGUAAAAAAACACAUAGCGAUGGACAAUCUAGAGAGACUCCCUUUAAUGUUAUCAGAGCAAAAGCCAGAGAAACGUAGUCUUCCUAAGAAAGUGUGCAUAACCGGCGCAACGUAUCCGUCGACUAGUUAUUUGGUGUCUGAACUUUUGCAGUUAAAAUCGGUACAAACUAAAAGAGGAACCAUAAUACGCUUGCAUCAUAAGGAUGUAAAAAAGUAUGAGGAUUUGAUGAAAAUAAAAAGAGAACUGAGUAACAUCGAAGGAAAUGUCCGUGGCCACAACGCAAUUGUGGUAGUCAAUAGCAUUGAAGAAGGCUUGUUAGGUUGCGACUUGUUGAUUGUACAGAGUAGUAUAAAGAGGGAAGAUAAUGAAGAAUACCGGCAUUGGACUAAACGUAAUUACGAUGAAAUGAUGUUUUUGUCUUGCAUAUUAAAUUUACACUGCCCGAAAUCGUGCAAGAUUUUGUUAAUGGGGAUGGACUUGUUGUGUUUCAAUUUAAAUGUAUUGGCUGAAAAUUCCGAAACGGUGCACAUAUACAACUUUGUCGGCGUGACUAGCCACUAUGGUAUGGAACAGCUGCCAACUAUUUCUCGGACGUUAGGCAAACCAGUGGCCGAUCUACAUUGUCCACCUGUUUGGGGGUUUAUUGGUUUAACAAAACACAUCGACUUAAAGCAUACCGUAUAUCAUACAAUUGAAGAUAGCAACAAUGGUACCAGUAACAGAGCGUUUGUAGAUUGUACAGAUCACAAAGCGCAUAAAUAUUUGGGAAAUGUAUUGCAUUCCAUCCAUACAGAUUUCAUAGAUAAGAAGAUGUCAGUGGCCAAUACUAAUUGGUCAUUAAAUGUUUUGCCUGAAACUCGAGCAGCCAUUAGUCUCAUAUCAGAGUGGUUUGAACAAAAAAACAACAAAACUAUGUGUGUUGCUAUAUUUUCUGAUGGAACAUUUAAUUUGCCUUUUGGAACGUUUAUGUCUCAGCCGGCUUACUUGGAAAAUGGCGAGUGGAGACCCAACUCUCAUUACCCAACUCCAAGUAAUGAAAUCUUCACAGAUGUUGUGAACAACGUGGUGGAUUUAUUGCAAGAAUAUAACCUUGGUAAACGAUUUAUUAUAAAUUUGAGGGAAUCGUCAACUAAACUUUUUGAAUAA